UUUCUUGGUUCAUCUCCGUGCACGGCUAUAUAACAUGUGCCGAGUACGUUGUUUGUCACUAUCGAUCACUUUAAUUCAAAGAGAAGCGAAGAAGAGUUUGUCUCGAUGAAAAUAUUUUUACUUCUGACGACGUGUGUGCGUGGAUCGUUGUGAAUAUAUUGCCCUCCAAUAUCACAGAAGUGCAACAAUACGUAUCAUUUAAAAAAAAGGUUUUUAGAUACCAUCUACAGUAUAUCGAGAAUUCCUGAAAUUAUGGAAAGCACGUUGGACGACAACAGAGUCGUCCAUACGAUCCCUUUUACAAAUGCAGUACCUAAGGAGAUCGUUCAGAAACAUGAAGAAAAAAACCAAAAUUUUUUAGUUUCGUGCAAUUGGAAAGUUAUUAAUAACAAGCAGCUUCACAAUGCUGUUAUCACUGAACUAUCACAGAAUGUGAAUAAACCUCCUGAAACAAUAUAUUAUGAGGAGGUAGCUAAUGUGCAUACCAGUAUUGCUUUACAACGGCCGACUCCUGACGAAGGGCCAUGUCUGUUCGAGAUUAAGAUGACAAACUGCCAGAAGAUAAGUCGCAUUGGUGUCGUUUCCGAAGGUCAUAUUUUGGAAAUCUUUAAAGAACAUUAUGAAAAUACUAUAUAUCCAGACUUUAUAGAUGAGGAUAAUGAGAAUAGUGCUUACUUUGGAGAUGUCUGCUUUGAUCCUCCUACAAAUGAAGCUGGUAUUAGAUUUCCUAAGACAAAGGACACACUGUGGAUAUAUGGUAUAAAACUGUUUUUGACAGAGCCUAUAAAAGUAGAACCCAGUGCCUUUGAUUAUGAUAAAAUUCAAUUUUUAAUUGGUAACGCCGAUAACCUAAUGGAUAGAAAGGAAACAUUGUUAAGGACAGUUCCUGCUUUUAACAAUAUUUCUAGGAAUAGUGACAAAACUACAAACGAGGAUUAUUCUAAUCUUAUGCGCUUUUUAAGAGAUGUAGAAUCUUCUAAUUCCUCUAAAUGUAAAAAUAAAAUUGAAAAAGUAGAUAAUCAAGAAAAACAUUCAAACUGUGAAAAUAAUUAUGAGAAGCCAAGUUCUUUAAAAUGUCACAAUGGAAUCCGAAAUGAACAAAAAUGUGUGAAUAUGAAUGACAGUUAUGCAUCCCAUGUAGACAUAAAAAAUUAUAUUGAGAGUAAACUUGAUGACAUGGAAGUGAGAUUGAGAACAAGGAUAGAUCAAAUGGAAGCAACCAUUAACCAAAGAUUGGAUCAUUUUUGUAGUCUUCUUUGCACUUCCAAAACUUUUCAAAAGGAUAACUAACUUUUAAAUAAAUAUUUCUAUUAAGGAUUAACUUUUGAUAAUAAUAAGUAUAAUAAAUAUGUAUGUAUUGCUUCCUUCCUGUAAAAUAACCAUUUAGUGAGAUUUAAGAAUAUAAAAUUUUUUAA